GGCAGCCAUGCAGUUCCACAAGGAGGAGUUUCGGAAGCUGGCGGGUCGCGCCCUCGGGCGGCUGCACCGGCUUCUGGAGAAGCGGCAGGAAGGCGCGGAGACGCUGGAGCUGAGUGCCGACGGCCGCCCGGUCGUGACGCAGACGCGGGACCCGCCGGUGGUGGACUGCACCUGCUUCGGCCUCCCCCGCCGCUACAUUAUCGCCAUCAUGAGCGGCCUGGGCUUCUGCAUCAGCUUUGGCAUCCGCUGCAACCUGGGCGUGGCCAUCGUCUCCAUGGUCAACAACAGUACGACCCAUCGCAACGGCCACCUGGUGGUGCAGAAAGCUCAGUUCAACUGGGAUCCAGAGACUGUUGGCCUCAUACACGGCUCCUUUUUCUGGGGCUACAUUGUUACCCAGAUUCCCGGGGGAUUUAUCUGCCAAAAAUUCGCAGCCAACAGGGUUUUCGGCUUUGCUAUUGUUGCUACAUCCACUCUAAACAUGCUGAUCCCCUCGGCUGCCCGCGUCCACUAUGGCUGUGUCAUCUUCGUGCGGAUCCUGCAGGGGUUGGUGGAGGGGGUCACUUACCCCGCGUGCCACGGGAUCUGGAGCAAGUGGGCCCCUCCCUUAGAGCGGAGUCGCCUGGCGACCACAGCCUUUUGCGGUUCCUAUGCCGGGGCGGUGGUGGCCAUGCCUCUCGCCGGGGUCCUGGUGCAGUAUUCAGGCUGGAGCUCCGUGUUCUACGUCUACGGCAGCUUCGGGAUCUUCUGGUACCUGUUCUGGCUGCUCGUCUCUUACGAGUCCCCGGCGCUGCACCCCAGCAUUUCAGACGAGGAGCGCAAGUACAUCGAAGAAGCCAUCGGCGAGAGCGCCAAACUCAUGAACCCCCUCACGAAGUUUAAAGCACCCUGGCGGCGCUUCUUCACGUCCAUGCCCGUCUACGCCAUCAUCGUGGCCAACUUCUGCCGCAGUUGGACGUUCUACCUGCUCCUCAUCUCCCAGCCCGCCUAUUUCGAAGAAGUGUUCGGCUUCGAGAUCAGCAAGGUGGGCCUGGUGUCGGCGUUGCCCCACCUGGUCAUGACCAUCAUCGUGCCCAUCGGUGGCCAGAUCGCCGACUUCCUGAGGACCCGCCGUAUCAUGUCCACCACCAACGUGCGCAAACUGAUGAACUGUGGGGGCUUCGGCAUGGAAGCCACGCUGCUGCUGGUGGUCGGCUACUCGCACUCCAAGGGCGUGGCCAUCUCCUUCCUGGUCCUCGCCGUGGGCUUCAGCGGCUUCGCCAUCUCUGGGUUCAAUGUGAACCACCUGGACAUCGCCCCGCGCUAUGCCAGCAUCCUCAUGGGCAUCUCCAACGGCGUGGGCACCCUGUCGGGCAUGGUGUGCCCCAUCAUCGUGGGCGCCAUGACCAAGCACAAGACUCGGGAGGAGUGGCAGUACGUGUUCCUAAUCGCCUCGCUGGUGCACUAUGGAGGGGUCAUCUUCUAUGGGGUCUUCGCUUCAGGAGAGAAGCAGCCGUGGGCGGAGCCUGAGGAGAUGAGCGAGGAGAAGUGUGGCUUUGUUGGCCACGACCAGCUGGCCGGCAGUGAUGAAAGCGACAUGGAGGAUGAGGCCGAGCCCCCUGGGGCACCCCCUGCUCCCCCUCCCUCCUAUGGGGCCAUACACAGCACAGUUCAGCCCCCAAGACCCCCACCCCCUGUCCGGGACUACUGAUCAUGUGCCUCCCACUGGAUGGCAGUUUCCAGAACCUCCAUUCCACACAUCUCCGGCCUGAGUGACAGUGUCAAGGAACCCAGUCCUCACUGUCCUGCUCAGGCCUAGGAAGCACUCCCCUUGCUCCCAGUGCUGUCGAGUCCUCUUCCUCUCCCAAUUGCCUCUCAGGGUAGUGAAGCUGCGGAUGGCAGUUUCAAGGAUACCCAGAUUCCCCUAAGGGUUCCCUCCUCCACUGGUUUUGCCUCAGUGGUUUCAAACCUCUCCUUUCAGGGCUUUAUUUCAUUGGACAGUUCAGUCUCUCGCUCUCUCGUGUGGUUUUGAGGCAACUUCUCCCCUUCCUUUAACCCCAGGGGCGCCCUGAGUUACUCAGCCCCCGCUCUUCUCUCAGAAAAAUUCAAGGUCUUCCUUUAGAGGUUUCCAAUCUCUCCUAAAUCUAUUCUGCAUUUUUCAGCUUGGUUUAACUUUAGCCAAUCACCCACACCCACUAUUUUAGAGAUCGAUUCUCACCAGCGUUUCUGAGGGAAAAUGGUGGUUUCAAGACCCCCCUCCAACCUCCUCACCCAUCCCUCCACCAGCAGAUUCUGCUGAAACACCAAAUCCCCCAAGACCUUCUCCCUGGCUUAGCCCGAUGUCUAGGAAACCACCCGAAGGGCAGGUUAAUCAGUAUGCCUCACGCCACCCCUAUGCACUUUUUCUGACACAGUCUUCAGGGUCAAAUAGUGGCUGCUCAAGUUCAUCAAUGGUUUGAAGCCACCACCAUUGAACGUCCCCACGGUGGUUUCAACAUGUCCCCCUCCCCCCCAGUUCCUUGCACUUUAUUCUCCUGGGUGGUUUCAGACUACCCUCAUUUUCUCAGUGGCCAUUUGUCGUGUCCCUCAGGGGCUAAAUGACUCAAAAUCUGGGAUGCUACCCUUUCAGACACCUUUCUUUUGGCUUAGAAUUUGGGGAACAUAUAUAAGAGAAGUCACAGAGUCCCAGGAAAGGGAAGGGGGCUGGGGCGAGAGGUGUUUUUCCCGGGGCAGGGAGUGUCUGUGUGUGUCUGUCUCUGUGACUGUAAACC